AGAACAGUGGAAAAUCCUUUUAUGGUUGUAUCACUCCAGCUCUGAAGGGGUCGCUACAGUGUACAUGAUGCUUUUUCAAAUGUGUAGAUUCAGCAAGAAAUCUGAGCCCCCAAGAAGUCCAUCUGUCUGUGUCCUACCGAAAGCAGCGCUCAAGUCACGCACUCGCGGACGACACGGCGUCUUCAUCGACGUGCAUUCAUAGACCAUUUAACAAUGACAACAUCAUGGAGCGACCGUUUGCAGAACUACGCUGACCUGCCUGCCAACAUGGAUGGAGUAGCUUUGAAGAAGUAUACGCGUGAGGCCCAUCACAGAGUGUUUGUGAACAGAAGCUUGGCUAUGGAGAAGAUCAAGUGUUUUGGUUUUGACAUGGACUAUACUCUUGCAGUAUACAAGUCCCCUGAGUACGAGUCACUGGGUUUUGACCUGACGGUGGAGCGCCUUGUGUCCAUUGGAUAUCCUCAAGAAUUACUCAAUUUUGUGUAUGACCCCACCUUUCCUACCAGGGGCUUGGUUUUUGACACCUACUAUGGAAACCUGCUCAAAGUGGAUGCUUAUGGGAACAUCCUUGUCUGCGUGCAUGGAUUCAACUUCAUAAGGGGACCAGACAUCAGGGAGAUGUAUCCUAACAAGUUCAUACAGCGUGGAGACACUGAUCGCUUUUACAUCCUCAACACACUUUUCAACCUCCCAGAAACCUACCUUUUUGCCUGUUUGGUCGACUUCUUUAGCAACUGCUCCAGAUAUUCCAGCUGUGAAACUGGCUUUAAAGAUGGAGACCUUUUCAUGUCAUUCAAGAGCAUGUUCCAGGAUGUUCGAGAUGCUGUGGACUGGGUUCAUUUCAAGGGAUCGUUGAAAGAGAAGACUGUUGAAAACCUGGAGAAGUAUGUGGUCAAAGAUCCAAAGCUUCCUCUUCUCCUGAGUCGCAUGAAUGAAGUUGCUAAAGUUUUUCUGGCUACCAACAGUGAUUACAAAUAUACAGAGAAAAUAAUGAUGUACCUUUUUGACUUUCCUCAUGGACCAAAGUCAGGGACACCCCACAGGCCUUGGCAGUCGUAUUUUGAUCUGAUCUUGGUGGAUGCUCGCAAACCUUUGUUUUUUGGAGAGGGGACAGUGCUGCGCCAAGUAGACACAGCUUCAGGUCGUCUAAAGAUUGGAACAUACACCGGACCCCUGCAGCAUGGCAUUGUCUACUCUGGAGGUUCGUCAGACAUUGUGUGUGAUCUACUAGGAGCCAAAGGAAAGGACAUUAUUUAUAUUGGAGAUCAUAUUUUUGGCGAUAUUCUCAAAUCUAAGAAGCGCCAAGGGUGGAGGACAUUCCUGGUGAUCCCAGAGCUUGCCCAGGAGCUUCACGUGUGGACGGACAAAAGCUCUAUAUUCGAAGAGCUUCAAUCUCUGGAUUGCUUUCUCGCUGAUCUUUACAAACAUUUGGACAGCAGCAGUAAUGAACGUCCAGACAUCAGCUCUCUUCAGAGACGCAUCAAGAAAGUGACUCAUGACAUGGACAUGUGCUAUGGAAUGAUGGGCAGUCUGUUUCGCAGUGGAUCCAGACAGACCCUAUUUGCAUCUCAAGUGAUGCGUUAUGCCGAUUUAUAUGCAGCCUCCUUCAUCAAUCUGCUGUACUAUCCCUUCAGCUACCUGUUCAGAGCAGCCCAUGUAUUGAUGCCUCACGAAUCAACAGUGGAGCACACCCACGUCAGUAUCAUGGACACAGAGUCUCCCCUCGCCACAAGGAAUCGCCAUGAGCUGGACCUGCGGGAGGAGUGUAAGCGGCACCAGCUGACCCGCUCCAUCAGCGAGAUCCAGCCUCCACAUUUCUUCCCCACUGCGCCGCAAGAAAUCACACACUGCCAUGAUGAAGACGAUGAUGAGGAAGAAGAGUAGAGAACUGAAAGCAGGACUAUUGAACUAUGCUAUCCAUUAAAAUGAAGCACACUGUCUUGGCUCUGAUAUGAGGCAGCAGCAGCACGUGCAGUAUUUUCAUUCGUUGUGCUACUUUUAUGUGCCAUAUCCACUGUCAUUAACAUUUCACCCAUCUGUAAAUUCAUUUUUUAAACUAAUUUUAUUUUUUUGUCUACAAAUAAGGCAUAGAAGUUAAUUUCUGUUUUAUGUACAUAUUUUUUACAAUUUUCAUUUGUUUGAAUUUUUUAAUAAUUUCACUAUUUAUUUCUUACUUUUCUAUGUAACUCUCUUUGCAAAGUUAAACUAGUAAAAAAUGCCAAAGCCUGUACUGUUUGCACAUUGUAUUGUAUGCCUGCAUGUUUGUGACGUCUGUCCGUUUGGUCACACUUAUUGGUACUGUUUCCGUAAAAGAGGUCUUGAAAGUUCCGUAUUAUUGCCAAAAGCUUAGAUGAAAAUAACUGCUUUGUUAAACAGUUUAAAAUACUGUAAUUUUUGUACCUGUUGUUGAAAUAAUUUUGCACCGUUUUCAGCCCUUAGAUUAGCAUCCAUUUUGAGCAAGAUUACUAGAUUAAUGCAGCUAGGGGCAUAGUACCAGCCUUUGGCCAUCCUGCUUCAGUUACUGUUUGUGCUGCUGAACUGUCUCACUCCUGACUGAUGUGAAUAUAAUAAAUAAGCUUAAAAUGUGAAUUAAUUGUAGUGAUUGUCUUGAGUUUAUUAUAUUAUUUGAAAUAAAUUUUCAAUG